GAAACAAAAACGAGAACAAAAACAGAGAGAAAGAAAGAAAUAGAAAGAAAAAUCUUAUCGAGAUGGAAGAGGAUGACACAGAGGACAUGCCGGUGACCUUGACCAAUAAGUUAGUAAAGAAAAAAAUAAUAUCAACGACGAGAAAGAUAAUAAAUGCGCAGGAAUAUACGUCGGCUAGAACAUUUUCCGGUGGUCAGAUAACUAUUCGUAGGCAAGACUCAGCCGAUGAAUCCGACACGAUGGAAUACGCUUCCGAGAACGAGGUCGAGAAUAUACCUAAGGACGAGGAGUGUUCCGAGCCACUUGUGAUCGAUGAGAAAGGGAAUAGGAUAUCCGGAAUAGACAGACACUCCGUGGAUAUUCCUGAGGAAGCCGAGUCACUUUUGAUGGGUCGUCAAAAGACGAGUCAUCAUUUUUCAUCGACGACGAUUUGUGUUAACGAGGAGGACAUGACACAUAACACUAGUAGUAGAUACUCCGGUUCGAGGCUGGGCCUUUUCAUGAGCAAACGAAGUCCACAAUCCAGUUCGAGUCAAGAGGAUUACGAGCCUGAAGUGAAAAGUUUGUCUAGAUUGCAAAGACAGCAUCACCAUUUGCAACAACCACAACAACAACAACAACAACAACAACAACAUCUUUUAACAGCCGGUAGUAGUAGUAGUGGCCAAGUAACAGCAAGAUCAAUGGAAAGCUUACGUUCCUCGAAAAACUUUCUCAGUGCCGACGAUCGUUACAGCGACGAACGAAAGUCCUUAGAAUCUUUGUCCUCCUCAUCGGAAACUCAUCUGACAACUUCGAAAAGUCACUAUCGCAGUUUCUUGACGUCGUCGAGCAAAGACGUGCGUAGGAUCGUCACUCAGGUCGAGUCUAAGAGCAGCGAAAAUCUUCAUCGCGAGGAAAGCUUGAACGCUGAGGUCCGUCGUGGUCUUUUCGCGAAUACCGGACUCGAAAGAAAAUUACCUCAACAUUUAAGCCUUCCACCACCGUCUAACGUCUUCUCCUUGACAAGCCCGGGUGGCAGCGAUCGAAAGAUCACUAUACUUAGUCCUCAUUCGCCUAUAAACUCAACGGAAUUUCAAUUCUCUACGCAGACUUUGAAGAGCAGGAGGAAGAAGGCCAUCGUCUUGCCUAGGUUGGUGUUGCCUCGAAGCGAAUCCGAAGUCUUUUUAGAUUUCGACGUCGAAAAUGGAGCUUCGACGUUGGACGGUGGUGCCGGUGGUGGUGGAGGAGCCUCGCCAAGCGCAGGCUUGGUCCUCCAAACGCUACCACAAAGAAGGGAGAGUUUUCUUUAUCGGAGUGACAGCGAUUUUGAGAUGUCACCGAAGUCGAUGUCUCGAAACAGUUCCAUUGCCAGUGAAAGGUUCAAAGAGACAGAGCUUCCUGUCGAGCGAGCGAUAUUUACCGAUCAGUACAGUCAUGGAGAGGAUCUCAUCGUUACGCCGUUCGCGCAGAUACUCGCUUCUCUUCGUGCGGUUCGGAACAAUUUCUUGUCGCUCACGAAUGUUCCGACCAACAAAUCACGAAGGAGUAGCGGGGCGCAGGGUAGCAGUACGCCACAGCCACGGAUCCUGGCACCCGGAGAGGAGCCCUACAUAAAACUUGCCGUGGAAACGAUGGAAGAAUUGGAUUGGUGUUUGGACCAGCUGGAAACUAUUCAAACUCAUCGGUCCGUGUCCGAUAUGGCCUCCCUUAAGUUCAAGAGAAUGCUGAACAAGGAACUCCUUCACUUCUCGGAAUCGUCCAAGUCCGGGAAUCAAAUAUCAGAAUAUAUCUGCAAUACUUUCCUUGACAAGCAACAGGAACUCGAUUUGCCAUCUUUGCGGAUCGAAGAUGCGGUUGCAGCAGCCGGAAGUGUGGAUGCACGUGCUGCUAAGAAGAAGGAUAGGGCACAGAGGGGUCCAGCUGCUAUGUCGCACAUUAGUGGCGUUAAAAGGCCACUCACGCACACGAAUAGCUUCACGGGAGAACGAGUACCCCUUCACGGAGUGGAAACACCACACGAGGAGGAACUCGGCAAGUUAUUGUCGGACAUCGACAAAUGGGGCAUCGACAUCUUCAGGAUAGGCGAGCUCAGUAAUAAUCGACCUCUCACCUGUGUCGCGUAUACGGCCUUCCAAAGCCGAGAUUUGUUGAAAUCGUUGGCGAUACCGCCGAAAACCUUCGUUACCUUCAUGAUGACCCUCGAGGAUCAUUACGUGAAGGAUAAUCCCUUCCAUAACAGUCUUCAUGCCGCCGAUGUGACCCAAUCCACCCACACAUUACUCAACACACCCGCCCUCGAGUCUGUGUUUACGCCGUUGGAGAUCACAGCGGCUCUGUUUGCGGCCACGAUCCACGACGUGGAUCAUCCCGGUCUAACGAAUCAGUUCCUUAUCAAUUCGAGCUCCGAGCUCGCCCUGAUGUACAACGACGAGUCCGUAUUGGAGAAUCAUCACCUAGCGGUGGCGUUCAAGCUCCUGCAGAACGAAGGUUGCGACAUAUUCGUGAACAUGACGAAAAAGCAACGGCAAACUUUGAGGAAGAUGGUGAUCGACAUGGUCUUAUCAACGGACAUGUCGAAACACAUGUCCUUAUUGGCAGAUCUGAAAACUAUGGUAGAAACGAAGAAAGUCGCUGGUUCUGGCGUACUACUUCUAGACAAUUACACGGAUCGCAUACAGGUGUUGGAGAAUCUCGUUCAUUGUGCGGACCUGUCGAACCCAACGAAACCGUUGCCUCUUUAUCGACGAUGGGUGAGCCUAUUGAUGGAGGAGUUUUUCCUGCAGGGUGAUCGAGAGCGCGAACAGAACAUGGACAUAAGUCCUAUGUGCGAUAGGCAUAGCGCGACGAUCGAAAAGUCGCAGGUCGGCUUUAUCGAUUACAUCGUACAUCCGCUUUGGGAAACGUGGGCAGAUUUGGUACAUCCUGAUGCCCAAGAGAUUUUGGAUACGUUGGAAGAGAAUAGAGAUUGGUAUCAGUCGAUGAUUCCACCGUCACCACCGUCGGACGAUCAACAACAACAGCAACAACAGGCUGUUAACGAUCAGCAGCAACAACAGUCCGAGAAAAAACAUUUUCAAAUGACGUUGGAAGAAGGAGACGAGAGCGGAGAGACUUUAGAGGGUAACGACGGUGGUGGCGGUGGCGAUGGCGACGGUGGUGGCGGCGGUCGGACAACAUUUUCGAGCGAGGACGCGGGCGGUGAGAACGAUGAGAACGCCGCGGAUGCUGGAAUGUGACGGAGGCUCGCCGGUAUCUGCAAGAAGCUCCACGAGAAGGUGCAGCAGACUUGGUGGCGCGUGCGUCAGUGACACGAGCACGAGCAGGAGCCGCGCUGGCUGCAGGUCGCGGUGUUGCUGUACUGACGCGACGAUAAAAAAAAAAGAAGGAUCCCCAUCCUUUUGUCCUUGGUAUUCCUGAGAGUACGUCGAAGCUGCCUGGGACUAAUAAAAUAGGCUAGGCUUAUAUUAGUCGUUGUUUCGCGAGCGAAGAAGACGCUUGCUUGGCCAAGACUGCUAAAAUAAACUGACGAAAUUUCUUGGCGCUUGAGGGAAGAAGGUUGAGAAAAACUGAGUAUGGUAUGGGAACGAUUAUAAAGAAAAA